CCCCAAUAGCCUGUUAAAUUUAUGCGGGGGAUUUUUUUUUGUCGUUGAGUGUGCACAGAGUGAGUUGUGGAGGAUUUUUUUGGUCGCUUAAAAGUUGGGGAAACUGUUUGGUCGCUGUGGUGUGAUGUUUCAUUAAAAAAUAAACUUUGGGUGAAUUUAUUGCAAAUUCUCCAUAUUCUGAAAGCUAUGGUUUUCAAAUCACCGGCUCAUAUUGUCUUGCACUAUACUUCGUCAUCAUUAUCAUCAGCAGCCACUGAAUAAAGGUCUCCCCACACCGUCGCCAUACCUUAAAGUCCUGCAAUGCUACAAUCCAUCUCACUCCUGCGUGUAAGCUGAUCUCCAUCUCUGAGGCAGUAAUCCUUUUGGGCACGCUCCCUCCUUUGGCUGUUAUUCUGUCACCAGUCUUGCCCAUCGGCCAUCAACUUUUUCGCGAUAUGCCCUGCCCAAGCCCCCAUACUGGUUACGAACAUUCCAUUGUGCUUUUUAAGGUACUUUACAAUGUUUACUCCCGCCGAAACAACACAAUAAUAUGACACGGAUUAGCAUUUUAAGCAGCAGUCAUUGAGCAGCAUUAAAUGAAAAUUUGUUUUUGGGGUUGUCCAGCUAUCAGUUGUAUGCACAGAGGCACUGAAGUACGGAAAUAUAUUGGCAGACAUCAUGGGGAGAUUUCUCAGAUGAAGCAAAACCCAGGACCUCUACCAACCACAGAGCAUCUUGUUAUCCACUCAUGUGUGCGUGGUUUCAUAUUAAUCCUUUUUUUAAUAGAGUGAUUAAUGGCGCAAUAAAAGUAUGCGUGUGUGCUUUGGCAUGCGCGUGUGCGUGUGUGCCUGCAUGCACGUGGGUGUUUGUGGUCCAUGCUAACAGGCCAGUGGCUGCUCAUCGGACCCUCUUUCCGAGCCCACAGACACCACUCGUCUCAAGCAGGGGAAGAGCCGAAAGAAGCGCAGCGACGAGGCAAACACGGUGCGCUACAGCAAGAUGAUGAGGAACAGCCUCUUCCAGCUCAUGAUGUACACGCUGGACCCUCUGGGCGAUGAAAUCCGAGGGACCGCCGCCAAUGAGAAGUUCUAUGACUCAAUCGCAAAAGAAGCACGCAUGCAGGAGCAGCAGCAGACAGCAGCGGUCGUCGCUGUAGCGAAGAAAGAGGCCAAGAAGAAGAAUAAGAGGCUGUCCACCAGCCCCGCUGAACCGACACCAAUCACACGGGAGAAUGAAGCCAACGUGGACAGCCCGGGCCUGACCUCGCCUGCCCAAGAGACAAUCUCUCCGAGCAACAAACCCAACGGCAGGGCUGCCCCACAGAAGACCGACGCUGCCAAUGGUGCAAGCCAGUCGGUGGAUGACGCGAGUGACGAAAAGGAAGAGGAGGAGGAGGAGAAGCCCUUGAGCAUGCGGUGGCCGGAGUCGACCAAGAAGCAAAUCUCUUACGUCUUCUUACUGCCGCUGGUUCUGCCUCUCUGGAUCACCCUGCCUGAUGUCCGCAAUCACCGCUCCAGAAAGUUCUUCAUGGUCACCUUCUUCGGCUCCAUCCUUUGGAUCGCCAUUUUCUCCUACCUCAUGGUGUGGUGGGCUCACCAGGUUGGGGAGACCAUUGGCAUCACGGAGGAGAUCAUGGGGCUGACGAUCCUGGCGGCCGGCACCUCCAUCCCUGACCUCAUCACCAGCGUCAUCGUCGCUCGCAAGGGACUGGGCGACAUGGCCGUCUCCAGCUCCGUGGGGAGCAACAUCUUUGACAUCACCGUGGGGCUGCCAAUGCCCUGGCUCAUGUUCUCGCUGGUGAAGGGCUUUGCGCCGGUGCAGGUGAGCAGCAACGGGCUCUUCUGCGCUAUCGUGCUGCUCUUCCUCAUGCUGCUCUUCGUGAUCCUCACCAUCGCCGCGUGCCGCUGGCACAUGAACAAGCUGCUGGGAUUCUGCAUGUUCCUGCUUUACUUUGUGUUCCUCAUCAUAAGCGUCAUGCUGGAGACUCGAACCCUGCACUGCCCGGUUACCAUAUGAGCUCCCCAGGCAUCCCAGCCUCUGUGCCCGCCUUGAGGAGGUAAAAAACCUCCGGCCGGUGUUCCGGUGAUUCCUUUCUCAACCCGAUCUUUGAAAAGGUCUCGUCAUGUGAAGGUGUUCAGAGUGCAUCGCUGCUGAAUGAUCCACGCGGUGCGUCUGCGUCCAUCAAAACACCAGAGAAAUAAGACCUCUGCUUCAAGAAUUACCUUCCGAGCAACAUCAUUUGUCACCGAUUGACAACCUGGAUGUCCCAUCUUGAUUUCAGUUGCCACCAGCUAUCAUCACCAAAUCAACCUCCAUCACCAAUGGCACGGACUGGGAGUGAAUGGAGAGCAGAAGAAACAAGAAAUGCAUGAAGGCAAAAAGGAUCAAAUGAGGUGUACAAAUGUCAAAACGUGAAACUGAUUGACCAACGCUGUUUGCUUUUGUCUGCUGCUGCUGCUGCUGAGGUAGUUGAACACGGGGAGCUUUUGCAAUUGCUUCAUGUUGCACAAGACGAUGUUUUUAAAUCAACUUACAAACUAUCGGAGAGAGAGAGAACAUGCGCACUGAGACGGCGUUAUGCUAUGAUACGAGCUCACACAGCAUGGAUCGUUGGAGCUCGAACUGAUCUGUUUCCAUUAUGACCCGAAACCUCAUCAAGCCCAUUGGUGUUCAACGUGCAAUGAUUGGUAACAUGCUAAUAAUUCAUCUUGUAGUUUCAGGGGCAUCACAAUACAAUGCAGCUGGCAGCACUUAUUAUCAGUACGUAGUCACGAAGGUUAAGGGAAACAGUGCCCAACCGUGUAUCAAACGUCACACUCCCAGCUCUUACGUUAACACAGGAAUGGAAUGCACGUGUUUUUUUGAAGUGGCAUAAACCACCGAUGAUGCUAAGGUUUCUCUUGCGGGUCGAGGCACAGUUGCAUGAGGAAUCGUACCCGGGUAUUCCGACAGCGUUAGCUCAUAAGUCCCGCACACAUUGCAACUCGCUGUUGAUGUUGAUGCAAGUGUCGGCACACAGAGCCUGUGCACACAAACGCAUUCUGCAGCAUCCCCAGAAAAAAAAGCAAAAUUCGCUCGGAGGGGCAACGCCACUUGAGUGUCUCAAAGCUGGCGACGUGCCGCAGUGCGUGGCAAUAACACACAAACACCUUGCCGAGUCCACAGUUCUAUGGUAAAGGAUGACAAUCGAUGUGGACAAAACCGAAACGGCUAACGGGUUGUCUUUCACUUUGUUUCAAAUUAACACACUUGCACUCCAAAGAGAUGUGGGAAUGUCUUGCGGUGUUUACAGCAUGUUGGCGACAGCGUUUCCUUUGAAAGGCGAUCUUUGUCAGUUUCAACCACGACUGCGCGCAUUGGUCCCGCUGGGAUGGGAGUGUCGUGUCAGAACGCCACCAGCGGCACGGACUCUGUGCACAGGAUCUCGUUUCGUCGCCGUCGACACCCAGGGCGAAAUUGAAAUUUGCAUGUGCGCUGGGCCUAGGGAGACAAAAUUCUGCGCAUACGAAGCGUGUCAAAAAAUAGAUGACAUUGCAUGCCAGCUUUCUAUUCCUACUUUAGUGUAAUGGGACUUAAAGAGAGUUAGCAUCUUCGGACAUUGUAUUCAUCAGAAGGCUUAAUUGAAAAAUCAAUCAACACUAUAUAUGCAUGAUAGUUGCCUUGCUGUGGGCCAGUGAACAUUCAUAUAAAUGUUUAUUGUUGAUGGUUCCUUUUUUUUCUCUCUUCAAAAUGUAACAUGUCCCUGUUGUUGUUGUUGUUGUGGGAGUGUGCUGUCCAUGCCUGCUGAUGUCACCUAAGGGUGAUUGUAGGCGUCCAUCGUGGGUGACUCUUAGGCGUCAAUUCGACACGAAGUUGCUCACGGCACUCUCCUUCGCGGUGAAUGACCUUGCGUGUGUCACGUUGUCCCUGUGUUCCUUCGCGAGACUCAAUCUUGAAGUCGGAGCAUCGUCAUUGAAUCACCUGCUUGUUUAUGUGGAGGUUGUCUUGAUUCGUCUCCUUUACCCCAAAGCGCCAAAAUGUUUUCAACCAAAAAAGAAAUACCACACACAUGACAAGUCAAGAUGCAGAAGAGUUAUCACAUUGUCUUUAAUGUUUAGAACGGACUAUUAUUAUUAUUAUUGCAGUCACAUGUUAGAUUUUAAAAGUCACAUUGCACUUUUUGAAUGUAGAUUCAACUCCUGUAUUUAGCUCGACGUUUUUUUUACUCAUGCUAUACUUUCAGAAGACACUGCUGUAUUCUGCCCACGAUGAAUGUAAGGAGUCUGCAUGGGGAAGGCUGGAGGGGAACGGUGGGGGGGGGGUUGUCGUUAUCUGCUGAGAGAAAAUUCACCUUCUUUCCAUCAUUUACAAAAGUUAGCAACUUUUAUUUACACUCCACAGCUUGUUUGCCUCACAUCACAGUUCACAGAGGCAACCAUAAAAUGUCCUUAUAUAUCGCUGCAAAGACUUGAACAUCCUAUAUCUGCUUGGCUCGUUGCUCCACCAUAACCUGUGCUUGAAGUCUUGUAUGGUGCGAGGCCUACUUGUCCUAGUGCGGUCACGUUUAAUGUGGUAUGCCAGACAAAGUUGCGUGAGUGUGCAAUUGUGCAUGUUUUUGCUUUACAUGUAAAUCUCCCUCUACCACAACGGGGGAGGGGGCGGGUGGUGAAAUGCUAUUUAACUCAGAAAUGUAAAACGAUAUGCUGCGUAGCGCAAAGUACAAUUUGCAGUUGUUGUAGUAGUAACCAUCCUUAUUUGUUUAACGGACCACCUCCAAUAAUAUAUCAGUCAGUAUCGCCAUGAAAAAUAUACAUACUAUACCAUCUUCAACAUACAAUGUUUGUGUGUAACAAAUAUCCCCCCCCGCCCCGCCCGCCUCCAGCAAAAUAAUUGCGUCAAAAUGUGUUCAGACAGUGGUGUCUCUCUAACCCCGGUGUCAUAGUACAUGAGCGAGAGCAGAUAUGAAAUAUGAAUAAAAGAAGACGUUCCAACGUGUGAAAACACGUUCCAAGAUAAGUUGGAAGCAUGAUUAAUCCACUCCGCAAUUCAGGUUACAACUCAACGUCGCCCGUGUGUUGGCUGCAUGUAAACAUCCGAAAGGCGUUUCCUGGCCUGCUAGCUAACUAACUAGUUAACUAGCUAGCUAAUUAGCUAGCUGGCUGUCUGCAAACAGAACAGUUCCAGCGUUGCACGUUUACUGGGGCAUCAGCCGUCCCCGCAAUGAGGUGUUGUUUCUGCUCCACUUCUUGUCAAGUACUCCGCAGGAUACGGCAAUAACCCAAGCAUCAGUGGGAUUGUUUCUCUAUUGUUGGUUUUGGUCAUUGCUGCUUCUUGCUGCUGCUGCUUAUUGUUGCUGUGCAGGUUCCAGUGUGCGUCGCAGGCAUGUUUGGUACACGAGGUGACCAGAAUGUGACCGGCGUUUGUCGGGAUAAAGAGUCUGAAAGGGGCCUCUUGGCCAAUGCACGUCAUACAUCUUGAACGUACCACGACCCGGUAGCAUGGAACGGUGGACCAACGUCGGGUCCCCCCCCCCGCCCCCCCCCAGAGUGGCCGAGCCUCGUGUAACCAAAUGGUGCAUUCUUGGGUGUGCGCAAAGCGUUUUGCUUUGCAACAAAAAGACUCUUAGGGUACAUACAUUUAAAGCCUUAAGUUUGUAACUUUUAGGAUAAUCGCCUAACUAGUUUAAGUUAAUUUCGAAAUGAGCGUCAGAGUUCAAGUAAAGCCGAAUUCAUGUUCACAGCAUGGUGUUCUUAACGGUUCACGGACAUCAACAAAAUCCGACCGCGGAAAGAUGUGCUCAUCGAAGACAUCCUUCAAAGACUUGCAGAAGCAAAUUAAACCACUGUUUUAUAUGCGGCUACCCUUGCUUGUAUCUUAUACUAUUUGGCACAGAUAAUGACCCAGCAAACAUGGAAACGUCGAGCUAACGUUGGCCAAAUACUCCCAACCGCAUUCUCACGUUGGCCCAACGUUCCACGUUCACUGGGGAGACGGCUGAUGUCGCCCAUAGGGGGUUUAAGACACCAUGUAUGACAGUAACAUGUCAGUGGUGUUGUAUAUACACAUUGUAGAUUGACCGAUACCUUUGACCAAUUGACACGGCAUGCAAUGAGCAUUCAAAGUCCCUGAGAAAGGUCAAUGCAGAAACAAAUGUUUGGUGCACAACGGAAUUUAAUUUAGCCAGUGGUGGUUGUUUUAGUCAUCCAGGCAAGGUAUUGGUCAAUUGCAAAAUACGUUAUACUGUACUUAAUUGUAUUGCACUGUAUACAUUAGAGAAUAGAGUAUUAGCCCGUGUAGUUAGCCGUUUGAAGACAAAUACUUAAAUAUAUAAUGUAUGUAUGUAUACACAAUGAUAUUUUUACCAGAUUCUAAGCAAUAUGGUUGUAUUUAUAGCAAAGUUAUCUGUUGUGUGUUCGUUCAGUUUCGAGUCAAUGGAAAAAUAGAUCGUAUUGGACGCAUUAUCUUGAGCCCAAGGAAUGUUUAAAAAUCACCGGACCCAAAAUGACGUUGCUGGUCUCAUCCAUUGUGCGAGGAACAUUUGUGACGGGUUCAUGCCCACGUUGAUACCAUCAGUGGCGGCUGGUGGGAAUGUAUGUUGGUGGGACGAGGAAGGGUCAAAGAGUUAGGUGCUGCGGGGUGCAUUGUGUCUUAUUUAAUAAGUUAAACCAAGAUUGUUGCCCAGCAAGGCUCUGGCAGGCAAGUGACUCGGGCUGGUGUUCCCCGUUGUUGGCCAGAAGAAGAAGAAAAAAAACAUCAACCGAUAAAUCAUCCCGAUCUGCUCUGUUAAUGCAAAGCUGCGUACGGUGCUGAAAGACGUUCAACAUACAAACAAAGCGCAGUUUAACACAGCACAUGGCGUUAAAAAAAAUCGCACACAAACAAUAAUUAAAUCUGUAAAUUACAAAAAGAACCCCCGAUCGAAAUCGGAUAAUAGUACAGGCCCAAAAACCAUACGUUUCCAAGAACAGAUACAAAAAAAAGUACUGAAAGUGCGGUGUGAACACGUCGGUGCACGGUGUAGGGCCGCGAGCCCAUGGAAAACGUGAACAAUUACUCCCCACGUGUUUGUCAAGGUGGAGCGAGUUACGAGCAGCCGCCUUUACAGACGUGUACCUUGCCCAGUGUAAACCUUAUUAAAUAGCGUCGCAGUAAAUAUGGGACGACGUCGGGCCAAGGUUGGUCCAACGGUUCCAACCACAUGUCAACGUUGGCCCAACGUUGACAAUGUUUACCAGGACGCAGGUGAUAACGCUUGGACAUGUAGGCACAGGUGAGUAGUAUAAGGCUAUUUUAUUUCCUUCAUUUUUUUUAUUUUAUUGCAGGCCCCUAGUGACCCGGCGCACGCCACUGAUUGAUACGACUCACAACGCCUCAUUCUCCUGGAAUUCAGCAACUUCCAUUCCCCAGACACGCUGUGACCACUGCAUUAGCUGAACCACCGCCUAUACUGGGAAACGUUAUCGCGUGUUGUUGGACUAUUAACAAACAAAAAACACCGCGUCAGUUUUCCCAUGAGAACAAUUAUUGUCACGGAAAAAUGGGGUAGCUGCAACGUUCACAAAAUCCAUCUGGAACGCCCCCCACGGCCCCCCUUGAAAUGCUAUGCAUUUAAUAUUUAAUGAGCCAUGGAAGCGGUUAGAGUGAAUAUAUUAUUAGAGGGGAGGGUGUUAAUGCUUCUAAGUUUUUUAACGAAUGAAGCAUCAGAUUGCGUAAAAAAACACAUUUACGCGACAACAAUAUAGCUGUUAGACUGAUGUAAACUCCCACGUCAGCCUCACUCGACGUUGCACAUUGAAUGAUGAAUGAUCCGUGGCGGGCCCAUACGCAAACGCAGCGAAACAAACUCCCCUUUACAAAACUAUACUCAGUGUGCCCCACAGGUGACACCCCAAGCAUCGAACAAUUUGAAGUAUUCGAGAAAGCCGUUCCGACCCGAGAUAAAACAAUGGAACACAUUUUGACCCCGUUGCUGGGCUUUGCGAGGGACUCGUUGGCCGAGAGAUGUCUGUUGUGACGCAUCUUUGUAUUGCUUCACCCUUCUCCCCCCUGUUUAAUGUGCACUGCAGUACACACUAGGGUUGCCACCUCUGAGGUAUACACCGGGGCAUAACAUGGCAAUAUGAAUAUCUCACAAUACCGGAAGAGGGGGAAUUCCGCGUGAAUGCAUUGUCUUGAGCGGCGUAUGUUUGUGCAGCUGACAAAAACCGGGUCUCGGGAACACAUAGAUACCCCAUAGCGGGUGAUUUGGCCUACUCUACUUUCAAGCAAUGCCUUCCAGACGCCUUGUCAAAGAGUGGGAGUACUCAAACUUUACUCCAGCCACCGCGUGCGGUCUGUAGAUAGACUAACGGUAGCGGUACAGAAGCGGGGGGUGGGGGAAUUGAUCAAUGUGUUUUCAACUGACCCCAAAUUUUAUUUUUGACAGAAGUCCUUUAUAAAGAGGACGUUCCUAGAAGAAAAUAAACCGGGCAGGUGGCAACUCUAGUAAUGUACACGGCAUUGGGUAUUUCUUUGACAAAGAGCACUUGCUGAGGACAGCAACUGUGGACAAUAAGCCGCUGAGAUCAACCUCACCGCUGGUGCUGUUUGCUGUUGAGAGCUCUCCGUCUGUCUGGUGCUGGUGGGUCCCUGUUCUACAUGUCUCGGCGUAGCGCGCGUGCGCUUGUGCCGAUGAAACCUUUUUAUUCAGGCUCCUUGACAGAACCCUUGAACAGGGGCCACGAUUCACGGACACUCUUGAACAGUCUUUAAGGUACUUCACCUUCAUCUUAAAAUCAAAUUUGCGUUUUUUUUUUAACUUUGAAAGUAUUUUUUUGUACAUGCCACAUACACUGUUAAUAAUGGCAAAGAUUUAUAAAAGCUAAUUUUUUUUACACCGAUAGAUCACAUUUAAUUAAUUGAAUCCUUUUUAAUUAUAAUGUAAUGUUUUCUCUACAUAAUCGUAAAUAUUCAGAUGGGUAGAAUCACAAGCUUUGCAGAAUAUAAAUGUUUGUUUACAAUUGCAUUUACUUUUAUUCAACAAUUGCAUCACAGCGCAACCGUUACCAUGGAAACUGUCGUGUGGUUUUUAUUUCUGUAUUUCUUUCACCAGUGAGGUAUUGGCAAAAAUAAGCUUGUAGAGUGCAUACAAUCCAACGAUCGACUAAACGGACUAGAACGUUACUUUUAGCAUGUGUAGAAAUACAAACGUUGGUAUGCCCUUUAUUUUAGGUACGUAUAGAACCAAAUAAAUCGUUGGAGAAUGUUAAUGUUUUCAUCUGAAUUUUGGCCAAAACGUGCCAAUGUCUCCAUAAGCAGCAAUGGAGAAAAACCAUCCAGUUAAUGUUUCAGCCAUUUCGUCAACAUGUGGAUAUACAUGGACUCCUCUACUUACGAACUAGUUGGGUUCCAGAGGUCUGUUCGUAAGUCGAUUUGUUCGUAAAUCAAACUUUACUCCUUUCCAUUCCAAACAUGUUGUACGGCAUUUACACUAAACACGGGGAAUUGCUUUGAAAGUUGUAUAAUCUCAUGCAGAUUUAGAAGCCACCACUGCCAUCUAUUGCGCGACAAGUUCGUAAGUCGAGUGUUCGUAAGUAGAGGAGUCACUGUAACCCACUCAGUUGCAACCACACUAACUUAAAAUUGUCGGUGCAGCCCUGCAAUUGCUCGCCCAUGCCACUGCUGAUUAAAAGGCCUCCACCGAUGAAAGGCCUCUUAUACGCAGCUCUAUCUAGAGAGGUCAUCUAAAGGAUAUCUAGUCUACUCUUCUAAGAUGUCCAGACUACACGAGACCUGACGAUUGACUGCAGUGCACCCAUUAACCCAUUCCGAUGACGUACGUACGCGUACGUCAUCAGUUUUUAUCCCGAUUCCGUUCUGACGACGUAUGUGAAAAACAAAAAUAACGUUAUCAGUGCCGAGGCUUCCACAAGGCCAUGCGGGAGGGCGUGUGGCACAGUUUGGUGCCAGCUAUUACCGAGUGCGGUCGUGUCGCUACAGUUCUCUGCGGUGAGUACAAUAUCUUUAAAAACAAAGGUGCUAUGCCUCUCUAAAUAAAAUUAACGCUAACCGCUUGCGCGUUCAGAGAUUCAGCGGUAAACGGGACACCCACCUUGCAGCUUGCAGACGUCUCGGAACGGGAAAGGGUUAAUACUGCUAGAUAGACACACGUGGGAGGAUUUAAGAAGCUUUCCCAAUGUUUCAACAGCCACGACGGGAGUUUGAAACGUCGACUUCUGGAAGUUCAGUGUGCUAACCAUUUCACCUCGGCAGCAUCCCUACUGUUACAUAAAUGGUGCAGUAAAUGAGAAAAAACACGUUUUAUUAUUAUUAAUGUCGUGUCAUAGUUUCAAUAUCAAAACCACAUGUACGAUGGUAAUGCCAUUCUAAUGUUUCAGACAAUUGUUCUUCAAGCUCUUACUUUGAAAUGAGAAAGUUGGUCUUAAACAUCGAUACUGUUUGGCUUAAUUUGAUUAUUUUUGGCAUUUUGACACGUUAUAUUAUAACUUACAAUUUCUCUAAAGCAAGGCAUGAUGUUCUUGUCAUAUAACUGAAAUGACUGAUAAUUAAUAUACAGAAACUUUGUUGAUGAAAUAUGGCUGACCAGGUACAUUAUUUCAUUAGGUUUGUACUGCUGUGUAUGCCUGAAGCUUUGCUAUUGACUUCUGCAAACAUUAAAAAAAAUACAUCUCUUAUUAUGGAAAGUCAUAUAAUCCACAGAUUAAAAUAUCCUGGAUAAAAUAGAAGUAGAUAAUUGCUAUUAUUUAGUUUGCCAAUGGUAUGCGAUCAAUUUGUUAUGAGUUCACUGAAAAUUCCCAAGAAUGCUGAAGUAUAUUACAGUGGAAUCGUUUAAACUGUGGAACAGAAAGGCGAUCCAAAUGUAUGCAAAGCUGAAAACACCUUCCUGGCCACAGGAAGACGAAGAGUCCAUCUGGAGACCCAAUUGUCCUCUUUCCAGGUUUGCCGGUCACUGGGUACUGGUGUUGUCAAUUGUUUUUCUCUCAACACGGUAUAGUAUUAAUGUGUGGGGGUCGGGGUGUACAGAGCUGUAUUUAAUCAUACAUGAAUGUAAAACCUGCAUGUAAAGGAAGAAAACCUAUUAAACAAUCUCAGAGUCUGUA